AUGGCAUUAACACACCAUGGCGUUUUGGAUACUAUUAAAGAGAAGUUGGACAAACUUUCUAAGCUUGACCACGAUUUCCUAGAUCCUGACCAGAACUCUAGCCUUCUUUCAACUUUUAAUGAUAUUUUCAAUUUAACUUCCGAAUUCAUAAAAAAUACCUCGAAAGAGGAUUCGUUAAUCAGUGAAUUCGUUAAUUAUCGCAACGACGUUUUUAAUCAGUAUAAUGAUAAAUUACAAAAUUCAAUCCAAUUAACUAAUGGUAUAUUGUUUUAUCAAAAGCUGGAGAAACAAAAGGAAUUUGAAGAACAGGCUAACAAAAAUGCCAAAGAGAGCCUCAAAUCCAAACAACUUAAUUUUUCAGAUGGUGAAUUCCGUAUAUUAAUGAGUCGCCAGGAAAUCAUGGAUAAAUUAAACGAGUGGAAACAUAUUUGUGACCUGGAACAAAUCGAAAUUAAAAAACUGAAAUGCCAAAUCGAUAUUCUCGAGGAUAAAAUCUCCACGAACAAGUUCAAUUCAAACCAAAUUUCUUACUACAACAAGCUGUACUACGAACUACUAACGAGCGCCUUGAAAAUAUCAAUAUUGAACGUUGAUGAGAAGAGUAAUGUGAAUUUGGCAAUUUUAUCGGAAUCCAAGAAGGAAAAUGAGCAGACCUGGCACAGGUUUUCCUCAUCUAAAGACUGCGACGUUGCGACUUGUGACUUUCUGUGGAACCUAAUUGAGAAAUCGCUAUGUAACAAUGGCGUUCGCAGUAGUUUUAAGGACCCCAACACCCCAAAACUCAACUCUAUACAUCUAGUUUCAAGGAAUUACAACUAG